AUGGGUCCAGAGAAUAACACACAAACUUCAGCAUUUCUACUUCUGGGAAUUUCAGAAGACCCCAUAUUGCAGCCUGCACUCUUUGGACUGUUCCUGUUCAUGUAUCUCAUCACUGUGCUUGGAAACCUGCUCAUCAUCCUGGUCACGAUCUCAGACUCCCACCUGCACACACCCAUGUACUUCUUCCUCACCAACUUGUCCUUGACUGAUAUUGGUUUUUCUUCAACCACUGUCCCAAAGAUGCUGGUGAACAUCAAGACACAGAGUAAAGUCAUUAUCUACACCGACUGCAUCACUCAAAUGUAUUUUUUCCUACUAUUUGCAGGGUUGGACAUGCUUCUUCUAACUGUGAUGGCAUAUGACCGGUUUGUGGCAAUCUGUCACCCCCUGCAUUACACACUCAUCAUGAACCCCCAAGUCUGUCUGUUGUUUCUUCUAGUCUCCUGGAUCACAAGUAUCCUGCAUUCUGUAUUACAAACUCUAAUGGUUUUGCGGCUGUCCUUCUGUAGUGACUUGGAAAUCCCACACUUUUUCUGUGAACUUAACCAAUUGGUCCAGCUUGCAUGUUCUGACACCUUUCUUAAUGAUGUGGUGAUUUAUUGUUCAGUUGUGCUGGUGGCUGUGGGUUCCCUGACUGGCAUCCUUUGCUCUUACUGUAAGAUUGUUUCCUCCAUCCGUGCAAUCUCAUCAGCUCAGGGGAAGUACAAAGCAUUUUCCACCUGUGCAUCUCACCUCUCAGUUGUCUCCUUCUAUUAUUGUACUGGACUAGGCGUAUACCUCAGUUCUGCAGUGACCCAAGACACACACUCUACUGCAAGAGCCUCAGUGAUGUACAGUGUGGUCACCCCCAUGCUUAACCCCUUCAUCUACAGUCUGAGGAACAAGGACAUCAAGAGUGCUUUGAAAAGACUUUUUUGA